GUUAAAAGAAAGCCGUUUUGUGUCCUUAGAUUCGCUUAUAUAGAGUUCGCGGACAAGGAUUCCGUGGAGACGGCGACAGCGCUCGACGAGUCGCUCUUCAAAGGCCGACAAAUUCGAGUGAGCGCCAAGCGAACAAAUAGGCCGGGAAUCAGUUCGACGAAUCGUCCGCCCAGAGGCUCCCGUGGGUCCCGACGCGGGGCAUACAUGGGUCGCGGCGCCCCCUGGUUUGGCGGCAGACCUUCCAGAAGACCGCGUAGAGGCGGUUGGUUUGGUUACAGUCCCUAUUGAAGCGCUUUUUUGGUAUAGUAUUCUGCGGUAUAUAUAUAUGGAGUUCAAUCGCAUCUGUCAACCAAUCAUUCAGUUUUCAUAAUUCAUUAUAUCUUUCACUUAAUGGUACGAAAAUCCCUUAACAUCUGAUGCAGAGAGUAAUGAAUGAAUGAAUGGACGCAACG